ACUAAGAUCUGUCUUAGGACCAAACUUUGUCAUAAGUUUUCAUCACUGCUGUUUCACAAAACUGUCAUAUCUUAUGAUUAUCAUAAGAUCCGUCUUAAUCUUAAGACAACCAUAUACAUGUCAUAAGUCCAAACUUAACAUGGCGGCGGCCUUUGUUUUGAUUCAAAACAGAAGACAAUUAAGAAGAGAACGGGUGUUUAGAGAUAGAAAUAAUCCCUUGGACUAUAUGGACGACGUAGAUAUCAUAGAUAAGUUUCGACUACCGCGUUUUCUGAUACUAGAUUUAUGUGGGGAGCUCAGGGUCCAUCUGGAACACCUGACCGGUAGGUCCCAUGCCAUACCCCCAUCCCUGCAAGUCAUGGUGGCACUCAGAUUUUAUGCCAGUGGGAACUUCCAGGCUGUUAACGGGGAUGUCCAUGGUAUAAGCAAAGCUAGUGUGUCAAGAAUUGUAAAUACUGUAACAUCAGCACUUGUAACUUUAAGCCCAAAUUAUGUAAGAUUUCCACGCGAUGACAGAAGCAUAAAUGACACCAUACUGGGCUUUUCCCGCAUAUCCAAUUUCCCUAAUGUCAUUGGUGCCAUAGAUGGAACUCACAUUCCUAUAAAAGCUCCAAAAGAUGACGAACAUCUCUUUGUCAACCGAAAAAAUUUUCACUCUAUAAACGUUAUGGCAGUUUGUGAUGCAAGUUUGAAAUUCACCAACUUAGUUGCUAGAUGGCCUGGUUCAUCACACGAUGCUUUUGUGUGGACAAAUUCUACGCUAUGUGAUUCAUUUGAGAGUGGUGGCAUGAAUAGAGGGUGGUUACUUGGAGACAGUGCAUACCCCUUGAAAAAAUAUUUGUUGACCCCUGUCAUGAACCCAAGUAACCCCCAUGAAGAAGCGUAUAACGAGGUCCAUACCAGGACGAGAAAUACAAUUGAAAGAAGUUUUGGGGUCCUAAAGAUGCGUUUUCGUUGCAUCGACCAUUCCGGGGGAACACUUCUCUUUCAUCCGUCAAGAGCAUGCCGAAUCAUUACAGCUUGUGCGGUUUUACAUAAUAUGUGUAUUAAUAACCAUGUACCAGCACCACGCCCACAGAACCCCCGGGGAAAUCGAUUUAUUACGCCAGACAACUAUGUGUAUCAAGGCCCAAAUAACGAUGGGAUGGAGGUUCGUCGAAGACUUAUCCAUACUCGAUUUUAGGACCU